AGCCGCCAUUGCUGUGCACGUCCUCGCUCACGAGAAGCAUAUGUGCUGACUGUACUCCCCAACCGACCUUGAAUGUGUCCCCGGAUUAAUGCUCUCCUCCGAUUGGCCGUCCCCGAACGGCUGCAUCACCGCCCCGGAGCGCGAUUGGCGCAGAACGCUGUCAGCAGACGCAUAUCCAACCCCCCGUGUUUGGUAGGACGCUUUGGCUAGCCUUUCUGUCUGCGGUGGUCUGAACCGCUGUCCCGGCCUACAUGGUCCCCGCCUAAGUCCUCUUUUAAUUCAUGUCCCCUUUGUAGCUUCGGCCACUUAACGCCUCUACCGCGUCCCCUCGUCCCUCUCUUUUUAUUUUGUCCCCGCAUCGACCGCCAACAUGGCUGCGGUGAGCGCGUCGUCCGGGCCGGUGGCGCGGCUGGAGGGCCGUGAGUUCGAGUACCUGAUGAAAAAGCGGUCGGUGACCAUCGGGAGGAACUCUUCCCAGGGCUCCGUGGACGUCAGCAUGGGCCACUCCAGCUUCAUCUCACGGCGGCACCUGGAGAUUUUCACCGCCAGCGACGACGGCACCGGCGGCGGAGACUUUUACCUGCGGUGCCUGGGCAAGAACGGAGUGUUCGUGGACGGCGUGUUCCUCCGCCGGGGCGCCGCACCUCUGCAGCUGCCACCGAUAUGCACGUUCCGCUUCCCCAGCACCAACAUCAAGAUCACCUUCACGGCUCUGUCCAGCGGGAAGAAGGUGAAGCGUGAAGCUCCCGAGUCUCCCGUCAAGCCGGUGCAGCCUCAGAUCUCCCCGCUGACCAUCAACAUUCCAGACAACAUCGCCCACCUCAUGAGCCCGCUGCCCUCGCCCACCGGAACCAUCAGUGCUGCUAACUCGUGCCCCUCCAGCCCACGGGGUGCCGGGUCCUCAGGCUACCGCAUGGGGGGCCGCAUGGUGAGCUCUGCCGAGCUGCAGCUCAUCAACGACAACUCUCAGCCAGACAACGACAAGGAGGCGUCGGGAGAGGACAGUCCCAAGGACGACUCCAAGCCGCCGUACUCGUACGCUCAGCUGAUCGUGCAGGCCAUCACCAUGGCGCAGGACAAGCAGCUCACCCUGAAUGGGAUCUACAACCACAUCACCAAGAACUAUCCCUACUACAGAACCGCAGACAAGGGCUGGCAGAACUCCAUCCGUCACAACCUGUCGCUCAACCGCUACUUCAUCAAAGUGGCUCGCUCGCAGGAGGAGCCCGGCAAAGGUUCCUUCUGGAGGAUAGACCCGUCCUCCGAGGGCAAGCUCAUCGAGCAGGCCUUCAGGAAACGACGGCCCCGGGGCGUCCCCUGCUUCAGGACCCCGCACGGACCCCUCUCCUCCAGGAGCGCUCCAGCCUCUCCCAACCACUCGGGAGUCCUUUCCGCCCACUCCAGUGGCGUGCAGACGCCCGACAGCCUGUCCCGAGAGGGCUCCCCUGUACCCCUGGAGGUGGACACCUCCUCGGCCACCGCCGUUGUCACCACGGCGUUGCAGCCCAAGCUGGCUGUGAUCCAGGAGGCUCGCUUUGCACAGACGACAUCAGGAUCCCCCGUCAGCAACCAGCCGGUCCUCAUCGCUGUCCAGGGUCAGUUACCUCAGACCUUGAAGCCCGUCACCUACACCAUGGCGUCUCCUGUCAGCACCAGCGCCUCCCAGCCAGCGGUUCAGACCGUCCACGUCCUGCAGCAGAUCCCGGCGGGCUCCACCGUCAUCGCCCAGCCGGCCGCCAUCAUCAGCAAGAGUGAACUGCAGGAGAAUGGCGAGCACGCCGAGGUCAAAGUCAAAGUGGAAGGGGUGUCUACCAUCACUUCCACAGGCGGGGCCAGUCGCAUCAUCCAGAGCGCCCAGGCAGCCACGCCCCUGCAGACUGUCACCAUCGUGCAGCAGGCGCCCGUGGGUCAGCACCAGCUGCCCAUCAAGGCCAUCACGCAGAACGGCACCCACAGCAUCACCACCGCCAUCCAGAGCGCCGCCAGCGCCGCUGUCACCGUGGCCAGCCCGCUGCACCUGCUGGCGGACCACGCCUCCGCCUCCGCGUCCCUCCCCACCAAGCGGCAGAACGGGGACCAGCAGGCGGCGGGGGCGCCCGACGCCAAGCGGGUCAAAGCGGAGGACGAGGCGAGGCCUGUGGACUCGUCGGCUGGUAACAACCCGAGCAGCCACCUCAAUUAGCUCCUAUCCCACAGGCCACACCCCCCAAAACCGUGACUCCUCCCCCCACGCACCUCCGUUGCUUCUUUUACUUGUCCUGCCUCCCGACCCCGAGGUGCCAAACGAGGAGGAAUCUCUUCAUUUUCACUCUUGUGGACUCAAAGAACUGGAACUUAGGGCCGCUGACGCAACACGACCACAGGAAGCCUUAAAUCCACCUUAAGAGCUGACUUUGUCCUGGAGUGGUCCCGCCUCCGCUCAAGCCGGACGCCACCUCUCUGUCGCAUCUACCUCAGCAGAUGGGAGACCCCGGCGUGCCCCCCGCCCCACCCUCCAGUGUCACCAAAACCCACCGGGCAGGUGGCGACCAUCAUGAAAACCAUCAACAAUCAGAAAGGGAGUCCAUAUUCCCGAAGGUUUGGCAGCUAGCCGCCCAGCUCGGAACUUCCUGUCCCGCAGCAGCGUGGCCGUGUGGAGCAUAGGACAGUUCUUUUUUUUUUUUUUAAAGGUAUUUUCACGAACUUGCAUCAUUGAAAUAAAGACGUGAGCUCUGUGACUAAUCUAGAAAAAAUAAUGACUUGUGUGGCAACAACCCCCCCAAACCCCCCACCGCCAUCCACGUGAAAAGCUUAGCGACUCGGAACGCCACGUUGAUCCUGCAUGAGUGCGACGACUUUGAACCCGACGGAAGAAAAAAGAAAAAAAAAACAAUCCAAAGCAGACCUGCACUUGAUGAAAUGUUUGUGUUUCCACUUCCUUUUUUUCCACUUCCUUUGUCGUCCUUUUCAUCAUGUUUUCUUCCUCCAACAUUCUCUCCUUUGUCGUGUUGUUGGCAGACCCCCGUGACUUGGCUCUGAUUGUACACCCUCCAAACAUAGUCAAAGAAGAAACGUUUGUUCAGCUUCAGUGGAGAAAUGCUUUUUUUUAAUAAAUUAAUUUAAAGU